UGACAAGAGACCUGAAAUGGCAGAUAUUGCAGGAAACAGCAGUGGCUGGUCAAACCCGUAGUGGUUAAUUUUGAAAAUGAAAGAAGCAGCUAAACAUUGUGUUCACUGUUAAUAAAAACAAUCAGGUUUUCAUUUUGUUUUUCUCCAUGAUUUACCCAGGUAAAACAUGUGAAUGCAUCAUUCAGGCUGUGGGUUUUUUUUUAGGAUGCUAUUGAAUAACACAUGCAAUGAAAUCCAUUGUGAGAUCAUCAUUGUCCUGGACACCAUCAGAACUUUGUGUGUACUUCAAUUUCACCUGAAGGUACAAGAUGUUUCGCAUUGUAAACCCACUUUUAAAGCACAUCAUCCACCGGACUUCUCUCGAUGCUAGUACAAGGAAACAGUGCCUGCAAUAUUUAAAAACCCUAAGAGCAUUGCAACUUACAGGCUACAACACCAUCUUCUUAGGAGAAACUGAUCUUUCAGAAAGUCUAAUAACAGGGGGAAAGGUUCCUCACGAAGAUGACUUCAACUGGCCUGUAUGGACAGUCGUGCAUGCCAGCAACAAUCAAGGGUGGGUACCAUGGAGAUACAGAGUGUUUCUAAGGGAUGACUUGCCCCUAGACAAGCCAGAAGAUGUCUUUCAGGAACUCUGUGACUUCCUGUCGAUAACCUAUGGGAAGUGUGCCAUUGUGGUCAAAGAAAAAAGACAGCCGAGAGUGAAAAUUGAUGAGUCCACUCAGGAGGUGGAGAUAAGCGAACCCCAGUUUACACCUCUCCCUUUUUUCUCAAGCAUCAAGUGUUGUCCUGAGGUCGCCAAGGCCACAGGCCACGAACUUCUCCCAGUGCCUUUCCCCUACAACCACCUCCACCCUAUGGACGCGGCCUGGUCCUCUUUGAAAUGGUUUAUUAUCAAUAACAGAAAGGAGUUCUCCCUGAUGACUUUGGAGAAGACCUAUUCAUACCAGUGCAUCCUCUUCAGUGAUCUGCUCGGGAAAGGAAUUGAGAAGAUGAGCCCAAACAAGUGGAAGAUAGCAGUAAACAAAGUGCGCAGAUGGGAAAACUACUACUUGGAUAAGUUUUCUUAAACUUUUCUCCAUCCAUUUUUUCAAAUGACUGAAAAUUGGCUAGCUGAUUUACUAAAUGUGUACAUCGAUUCUCCUUCCGAGUUAUAAUUCUAAAUUGACGGUAGCAAUGGUGAAUAAAAGCGAGAGUUUUAAGGCACCUUUAAGGAAUACGGUGCUGGGUUUAU